AGAGAGGGGAAAAAAACAUUGUCCUUGCAGCGCAGCCCUCAUUUACCUCAAAAGUUACUAAUUAAAGUGUCUGUGGCUGUUGCAUUUCCUCGACCAUGUUCUCCAGCGCGCCUAACUACACGAAGCUGAAGACGAACCUGCGGCUGGCGCUGAAUCGGCUCAAGCUGCUGGAGAAGAAAAAAACGGAACUGGCCCAAAAGGCGCGGAAGGAGAUCGCGGACUAUCUGGUCGCGGGCAAGCCCGAACGGGCCCGCAUCCGGGUCGAGCACAUCAUCCGCGAGGACUACCUGGUGGAGGCGAUGGAGAUCGUGGAAAUGUACUGCGAUUUGAUACUGGCCCGGUUCGGGCUGGUCACGCAGAUGAAGGAGCUGGACGAGGGCAUCGAGGAGGCGGUGAGCAGCAUCAUCUGGGUGGCGCCGCGCCUGCAGGCGGACGUGCAGGAGCUGAAGCUGUGCUCGGACAUAUUCACGCUGAAGUACGGCAAACCGUACGCGGAGCAGGUGCGCGCCGCCAUCCCGCCCCACAAGGUGUCGGACAAGCUGAUGCACAAGCUGGCGAUACAGGCCCCGCCGAAGCUGCUGGUGGAGAAGUAUCUGAUCGAGAUAGCGAAGAUCUUUAACGUCGAGUACGAGCCGGACCCGCUCGUGAUGAAGGACGACCAUUCGAGCAUUAUGGACGGGGAGAUUGACGGUGCUAGCGGCGGCGGCGAUGUGCUGAUCGAUCUGGCGGACAAGAACAAUCUGGACGGCGGUUCCGGUGGCGCUUCCGGUGGAAGUGGAUCGGGAAAUCGAGGUGGUGGUGGUGGUGGCAGUGGUGGCAGCGGAGGUGGUGCAGUGACCUCGCCACCGAACGUAGGCUUUGUCGCGUAUCCGCCAGCCAUUCCACAGCUACCAGUCGUACCGCCGACCGUUCCGUUUCAGUAUCCGGCUGGCCCGAGCGGUCAACAUUUCGGUGCGGCUUCCGCACCACCACCGUUCAAUUACAACAUACCGCCCAACUCGUCGGAGAAGGAAGAGAUUAAGGAUUUGAACAUAAAUUCCAACUUUCUGAACGAAGAGCGAGGUGCAACAGGCGAUGCCAGCGGACCGCCACCGUCCUAUUCCUCGCUCAGUCCGGAUGAUAACAUGCAGAACUCGACCAAACCGAAACCUCAACCCCGGUCCAAGUUCUCGCCAGAGCUAAACUUCCCGCCCCUGCCGAACGUGCCGCUGGAUCUGCCGGACAUACCGGACGGUGAUGAAAACAAGAACGAUAACGAUGAGAUCGAUUUCGACGAUCUGUCGCGCCGGUUUGAGGAGCUGAAACGGAAGAAGUAAAGCUCUUUAUAGAGAGUUUGUGCCUGUGCCAACAGCUUAGCGUUGGGCACGGCCGAGUGUGUCUCAUAGCUUUACCGCUCGAUCGGAUCGCAAAGGGCAAAUGUAUGCUGGAAACGUUGGUACGCGCAUCAGGAAGUUACCGUACCCGUUUUGUUUUUUUUUUUUAGAUGCUAUAUAAUUUUGUCUGUAUUGUAUUCCUCCCCUCAUUUAUUUGCAAUAAUCAAAUGUGAACAGAAAUUAUGUAUUAAUGAUAAGCAUGAAUAAAGGACUCGUAAGGAGAAUGUUUAAUUCAGGGUUAAAUUUAUAACCAAUGAACCCAACAUGAAA